UAUUGUUUUUUUUAUUACGUCUAUAUCAUUGUAUCUUGAUAAACAAAAGUUUUUUAAAUUUUUGUGCAGUCGAGUGAAAGAAACGAAUUUAUUUUAAGAAACUUGUGUGUUACAGAGUCUUUCGCAUCCAACAUAAAUUUUUAUAAAUUUUCAUUUUUAGUUUUACCUCAAGUUCAAACUCCUUUCCCUUGGACUGCGUUUUGGACUCUACACUUCGAAAAUUUUCUGGCUUAAUUAGCUAAAGAUAGUGUACUUAACACUUGACAGGAAUGGGAAAUUGUUCUCAACCAUGGUUGAUUUUACUAGUCAACCUUUUCAUGGGAUUGAGCAUACAAUACUCACAAGCUUUUUCCUGUCAGAAAAUGAUCAAAUCCGCAGUUUUUCUUUCACCAAAAUUUGUGUUAGGGCCGGGAUCUGUUGAGAACAAAUUUUAUUACAACAUCGAUUUUCCAAGAGGCCAUAAAGCUCUCAAGAGUUUCCAUGCAGAAAUAAUUGAUGAGACAGGGAACCCCGUUCCUCUUCACGAAACUUAUCUCCAUCAUUGGGUUGUUGAUAGAUACUAUGGACGUGUAGACUACCAUGGUAACAGUGAUGUUCGUGAACCGGAUUAUAAGCCUGUAAGAAAUGAUGGCAUAUGCCAGAGAGACGUUCUGGGGCAGUAUUUUGGCCUUGGAUCUGAAACACGAGGAACAGAAACAUAUAUUCCAGAUCCUUAUGGAAUAGAAAUAGGAAAUCCUGCUGAAAUUCCUGAAGGAUAUGAGGAUAGAUGGAUGCUGAAUGUUCACGCAAUUGACACAAGAGGAGUGGAGGAUAAAUUGGGAUGCACAGAAUGCAGGUGUGAUCUGUAUAAUAUUACGGUGGAUGAGUAUGGCCAAACUUUGAGCCCAGAUUAUGCCGGAGGUUUGCGAUGCUGUUAUGAUCAUACACAGUGCCGGUUGAGACAUGGCUUUGAAGGUGCCAGCAGAAGCCUGUACUUGAAAUAUACUGUGAAAUGGGUUGAUUGGGAUAGCUCUAUUGUGCCCGUUAAAAUCUAUAUAUUUGAUGUCACUGAUACUUGGAAAAAGUUUGAUGAUUCAACGGGACUCAGCACAGAGCAUGAUUGCCAGGUAAAUGAAUAUGAAGUGGAGCCCUGUAGUGCCACCAAUUUGGCUAAUGAUGAGUGCAUUCACACCAAAAGAAUCAGCGUCACCAUGACCACUGGUGGCAAUCUCAUCUAUGGCGUUGCCCACCAGCACUCAGGGGGCAUAGGCUCUGCUUUAUACAGAGAGGAUGGAAAGGCUAUAUGUGCUUCAAUUCCAGCUUACGGAAAUGGGACAGAAGCAGGAAAUGAGGCUGCUUACAUUGUAGGAAUGUCCACUUGUUAUCCUCAACCAGGCUCUGUCAAAAUAGCAGACGGGGAGACUCUGAUUCUGGAAUCUAACUACAGCAGCACCCAACAUCACACAGGAGUGAUGGGGCUUUUCUACAUUUUGGUGGCUGAGCAGGUGGCGAAGCCCAUACCUCAUACCUCAAGUCUUCCAAUUCAAAUGUUAAACAACAUGAACGGUGCUGGAUAUGUUUGGACAGCAGUUGUUUGGGUUGGAGUUUUGGCUGUAUUUCUUGCAGUAUGGAAUCGACGUAGAAACAAGAGCAAUGUCGAAUAUCAACCACUUAUGAUUUGUUGUUUCUAGUUCAUAGUAUAAAUAUAUGUAGAAAUAAUUCAGUUUCUUUUUGCUUGGCUUGGCUUGGCUUAGCGACGUACACUAGUAUGUAUUUAUAUCAGAUACCUAAUGUACACAGCUACGACAAGUAAUUUUAUGUUGUAAUUGGCUUUAUUGCAAA